AUGGCAGCCGUGCACGUCCUCGACAACUACUACCUCGCCAUCACCUUCCUCAUCACGGUGGCAUACCAGCUGCUCUUCUUCGCCGUCGCCUUCUACUUCAAGUUUGACAAGCUGACCGAUUUUGCCGGAGGCACCAACUUCGUUGUCUUGGCCAUCCUCACCCUCUCCUUUAGCGAGAACCGGGGUGAGGCGCGCAACAUUGUCGUCUCGCUAUUCAUCAUACUAUGGGCUGCCCGGCUUAGCGGCUUUCUGUUCUUCCGGAUCCUGAAAACUGGAAAGGAUGACCGGUUUGACGACAAGCGCGACAAAUUCUGGUCCUUCCUUGGCUUUUGGGUCUUUCAAAUGUUCUGGGUCUGGACAGUCUCCUUGCCGGUGACCCUGUUAAACUCGCCUAAUGUGACCAAAUUCAACCAGCCUAGUUUCGGGACAGCCUGUGAUAUUGCAGGUGUCAUUCUCUGGUCCAUUGGUUUCAUCAUGGAGAGCGUAUCCGACAUGCAAAAGUAUCGGUUCCGCACCGCUCAUGGUAGUGACGGCGCAGUGUGCAACAUCGGCUUCUUUGCGUGGACUAGACACCCCAAUUAUUUUGGCGAGAUCAUCAUUCAAUUCGGAAUCUUCACCAUCGCUGUAUCGCCAGCUGCCUACCACUAUGUUUCGGGCGGUGCAUACGCCGCUCUCUAUGCAUCAAUGCUUGGGCCUUGGUUCUUGACUCUGCUUCUCAUGUUCGUGUCCGGCUUGACGUUGCAAGAGCGCCCAGCCGCGAAGAAGAGAUACGAGAAAGGCAGCCAUUGGCCUGAGUACGAGAGAUACCUCCAGCGGACUAGCAUACUCAUCCCCUUUCCACCGCCGCUGUACGCAAGGAUGCCCGUGUUCUUGAAGCGGACCCUCUUCUUGGAGUUUCCAAUGUAUGUUUUUGAUCCUGCAAAGCACGCGGAUCAAGACAAAAUGCAAGCUAGGUCUGCAGAGGAAGGGCAGAGCAGGCGGAGCGACGAGCAAAGUCUUACAUCCUAGGGCAUGAAGCAUCCUGCC